AUGAAGCAGCAUGAGGCUGGAGCGGUGGGAGGAGGAGGAGGAGGAGGAGGGGACACGAACAAAGACUCCUGGGAGAAGUGGACCGAGGAGACGAAGGCGGCCAUCGAGUUCGAGGAAGACCCUCACAGGGCGGCGCUGUUCGACAAUCCGAAACUUGUGUAUGUUGGGAAGAAAACAUGGGCAGCGCUGAUUGCACUCGGAAUCUCUCUCGGGGCGCCCAUCGGGCUGACCUUUGUCACAUUGAACUCCAUACUGGUCGUGGUUACGGAGGAAGUUGGCGGCCAAAACUUGAUACCUUGGGUGGUUGGCGCGUGGUCAAUCGCCAGUGCGUCGACAGCGGGAGUAGGAGGCUACCUGAGCGACAUAUUCGGCAGGCGUAACAUCAUUCUCGUCGGUAACCUUCUCGUUUUUAUUGGAUGCAUAUUAGGAGCUACUGCUCGCAGUAUCGGGGUCAUCAUCACUGCUCAAACGCUCGUCGGGAUGGGCGCCGGGUUUCUGUUUGACGCCUAUGCUGCAGCCACCGAGAUGCUCCCUAACAAAUGGCGGGCACUCGCAGCCGGUAUGGUGGAGGCAGGAAUCAAUGUCCCCUGGGCAACAAUCUCGGGGGUGCUCGCCAAUGCAGUCGCCCGCUAUGCCAGCUGGAGAUGGAUAUACUACAUUGCGAUUCUUUGGAGCUUUCUGGCGUUCAAAGCCACGGCACUCCUCUACUGGCCUGUCUCAAGACCACGGGGCGACUUCCACAAGUCUCGUGGACAGCAGUUCAAAGAGCUGGACUACAUAGGCCUGUUCUCUAUCACUGCUGGCCUAAUCAUUUUGGUCAGCGGCCUCACACUGGGCGGCGAGACCUAUCCAUGGGACCAUCCCUUCACCGUUGCUCCACUCGCUGUCGGCCCUGCGAUCUUGCUGUUAGGAUGCAUAUACGACUGGACGGUGGCGGCCAACCCGAUGAUUCCGCUCAAGCUUUUCAAGCCCAAGAUGUUCCGCCGAUACGUGGCCGUACUCAUCGUCCUCUUCAUGAGCGGGAUGAAUUUCCACGCCCUGAGCACGCUGCUUCCUCAAGGGGCUCUCCUGAUGUUCACCACGGACGGGAUGAAGAUAGGAGUCAUGUCACUACCAAACACCAUGGUCCAGCUCGUCGUGGGCGUCAUAGUCCCGCUAUUCUCCCACAGGAUCCCAGAGUACAUACCACACUGCACGAUCAAGUGGCAGAUGGUGGCCGCGAUGGUGAUGCAGGUCGUCUUUCUCGCCCUGUCGGCGGCGUCUGUUGACCCGAACAAUUACUACGCCUACAUACUCCUCACGGGCCUCGGGGUGUCAAUGUUCACGGGCGUCACGGUCCUUUCGUACGCAAUUGCCGGAAUGCACGUUCCUCACUCGCAACUCGGCACAGCACUCGGAUUCCUGGGGACAUUUCGAUCGACCGGCGGAGCGGUUGGGAACGCUCUCUUCCGUUACAUCUUCCAGACCACAUCGGAACGCAUGACCGCCAAGAGGCUUCGACCAGUAUGUGAGAGGCUUGGUGCGUGCCCGACCGAGGCUGCGUUCAACACGCUCCUCGUCGAUGCUGUGGCCUACAACCAAGGAGUCCCAGGGAAGCUCUCAGACCUGACCCCACAGGUACGGCUGGCCAUACGAGAGGCACUCCGUGGGGCCUACGGCUACAGCUUCAGGGUCGUCUUCUGCGCCACCAUCCCGCUUGGUGUUAUCGCUCUUCUCUGUGCGCUCUGCAUCGACGACCCCCAUGCUUUCAUGAACAAUCACGUUCAAUUCAGAAUGUACGAGCGCGGGGGCCUCGGCUUCCGCAAGUCAGACAGCCCGGCGCCCACCGGGGCCACGGUCCUGUUUCCGGGGAAGAAGAAGCACUUCGAUGCGAAGGAUGGCGAGCUGGAACUGCAGAGGGGGCCGUCCCAGAGCUCACAUGCACAACUCAAUCCUGAGACCAAGUCCAUCUGA